AUGGUUGGUAAUGAGACCAAUAAGCCUAAUAAUGAAGUACAUGUAGAGAAGGGCCAAGAUUUAAAGGAUAUAAACAAAAUAAACUCUCUUAAAUUACAAAAGGAUGAGAAUAAACAAGUAGCUCAUUAUACCAAAGAUGAAUCAGCCCCUGUAGAACGGGUUAAGUUUGAAGGUCUAGGUGACGGUGAUGAUAGUGUAUUUUCUGAAGAUUCAGAUGUUGAUAAAUUACCUCCAAUUCCUGAUGGUGGAUGGGGAUGGGUGGUUGUUUUUGCUGCAUUUCUGACUUCAGCUUGUGCAGAUGGCUUGGCUUACUCUUUUGGUAUUUUACAUGAGGAAUUCACGAACUACUUUAACGAAUCACAGUCAAAAACUUCAUUAAUUGGAAGCUUAUUUAUAUCAAUACCGCUGAUUUCUGGACCUGUAAUGAGUGCAUUAGUGGACAGAUACGGUUGCAGAUACAUGACAAUGAUGGCAGGGUUUUUAUCUACAAUAGGUUUUAUUUUGGCUGCUUUUAGCAAUUCUGUAGAAUUAUUAUGUGUGACUUUGGGUAUUAUAAGUGGUUUGGCGAUGGGCAUAUUUUAUGUAACGUCAGUAGUAGCUGUCGCAUUUUGGUUUGAUAAGAGAAGAACACUUGCAGUAUCUAUAGCAUCAUGUGGAAUUGGGUUUGGAACUUUGAUAUACUCACCAUUAACGAAUUUUUUGAUACAAUUGUAUGAUUGGAGGAACACUCUAGUUUUACUAGCUGGUACGGUGUUAAAUAUGUGUGUGUGUGGAGCAUUGAUGCGAGAUCCUGACUGGGUUAUUAUCAAGGAACGAAAAGAAAAGAAAGAGAGCAAAAAAGAGACUAGGUCGAGAAAAUCCUCAAGUGCUGGUUCUAUCUCAUUAAAAUCCGCUGGGGGUGAAUCGGCGUACUUGAGCACAGAUGAACUAAAUGAAUUGUUAAAAAGUGGAAAGAAUCCUGAAUAUAUAUUAGCGAUGUUAGCAACAACAUUAGCAGAAGCUGAGCAACUGGAAGCGACCACGCAAAUGAACGCUACACAAUCGUGUAAAAGGGUUCAUUCAGAUAUACAUUUGCCUACAUUUAUUCAAAAAGGCGAACAGGUUCCGACCGAAGUUAUAGAAAAAUUGAUGACUAACAAAAGACUAUACAAUAUAAUCUUGCAAAACUAUCCAGAUUUCUUGACAAGACGACGGUCUGAAGUGAAUUUGCACGUAGAGCCAUCGAUAGCUAAUACACUAGCCGAGCCUACCCCAAUGAAGCUGACUGUCAUGGCCAAAAAACCAAAACCAACAGAGACUGAGCAAGCAAAACCAAAUCAAACUGAAAAUGUAAAAGAUAAUAAAGAAGUACCAAAGAUUGUGCCAAUUUUAAACGGCGCGGACAAGCAAGAGAAAUCUACAAUCAAUAAGAAUUCAGUGUUAAAGCCACCUCAACCAGGUUGGCUUUCUAGACAAAUACAUACUGAUCACCAUUACUUACGAGAUAUGCAACUGUACAAGAGCACAAUAAUGCAUCGAGGUGCGAUGAUGAAUAUUCCAAGGUACAAGCUAAGGGCUUCAUCGUUGCCAGAUAUCUACAGGAACUCUACGUGGUCGAUAUGGUCGGGCUCAGAUAACGAAAAAAAAUGGUACGAUCGUGUCAUCCAAGGAUUGAAGUCCACCUUCGAUUUCAAAAUGUUCACUGAAUUCCACUUUCUAAUGUUCAACCUGGCCUCUCUCAUACUUGCUGUGUGGGCGAUCAUCCCUUACUUCUUCCUAAAGUCUUACAUGACCACUGUGAACAUGGAAGGUGGAGCAACCAUGAUCAGUAUUGUGGGUAUUGCGAGUGGAGUUGGAAUAGUAGCCUUAGGCUGGGCAGGGGAUCAACCCUGGAUGAAUGUAACUAAAGUCUACGCAAUCUGCCUUUUCAUCUGUGGAUUAUCAAUCGCAGCGUAUCCUCUCAUCAUUACCAACUAUUGGGCACUUUCUGUCAAUUCCGCUAUCUUUGGUCUCUCUUAUGCCAGCUCUUACUCUUAUACUCCAGCCAUUUUGAUAAAAUUAGUCCCAAUAGAUUACUUUACAUUGGGAUAUGGAUUGAUAUUAUUAAGUCAGGGUAUUGGACACCUCGUUGGUCCUCCUCUUGGAGGUCUCCUAUUCGAUAUAACUCUUAAUUGGGACCUAACGUUUUACGUCGGCGGUGUGUGGGUGAUACUUGCGGGUGUGUUCAUCGGCAUUAUACCGUAUACAGCGAAUAUGCGUAUGUGUGGGUCGGCGCCAUUGCUGAAUGAAGUCGAAGAGGCGCAGAGUAAAUAUUCGAUGAAUGCU